AUGUCCAUCAGAGCUCUACAUUAUGUUUUCAAAAUUGGGGAUCGGAAGGCCUCUUACGAUUUUUUCACAAAAGUCUUACAAAUGAAGGUGUUGCGUCAUGAAGAAUUCGAAGAAGGAUGCGCAGCAUCAUGCAAUGGUCCUUACAACGGAAAAUGGAGCAAAACAAUGGUUGGCUACGGUCCUGAAGAUGAUCAUUUCGUAAUCGAAUUGACGUAUAAUUACGAAAUUGGCUCUUAUCGACUUGGCAAUGACUAUAUGGGAAUUUUUAUCGAGUCCGAUGAAUUGCACAAAUCUAUCGAAGGUAGGCCGGAUGCAAGAAAACUGCCAUGUGGGAAGUUACAGGUGCUUUUCCCGUCUUAACU